GCUAAGAAGACCAUGGGGAAUAGGGUAUAGAAAGAGUCAGCGUCGGCGCGAUCUACUCCAGACUCUGUUUUGCCUCACUUCAGUUGGCGAACGAUGUCCGUCUUGCUGGACGAUGUGCAUGUCUUCGAGCGCGAGCGUACGAACAGCGACUUGUCGCUCAAAAAGCUCGACCAAGAAAAGAUAUCAUCUGUUGAGGUUAAUGUUCUCGACACCUUCAAUGAUGGCCCGGGCGAGACGGAUUCUGGGAUCAUUCAGAAGGCAGAGGACGUCGCAUUGAAGGUCAUUUCAACAGAUGAUGAUCCGACUCAGCAAGCCAUUACGUUCAGGAGCGUCUUCUUAGGAUUUGGUCUCAGCGUGUUCAGUGCAGUGCUUGCUACCAUUUACACCUUUAAGCCUCAGAAUGCUUCAGUAUCUCAACUCUUCUGUCUCAUCAUCGCCUACGUACUCGGAGAGGCGAUGGCUACCCUCAUCCCAACAAAAGGCUGGUUCAGAUACCUCAAUCCUGGCCCUUUCAACAUCAAGGAACACACCGCGAUCGUCAUCAUGGCCUCCACUGCGUCCUCCGUUGCAAUUGCUAUGGAAGUCAUCGCAGCCAUUGAUCUCUUCUACAAUGAGAAUCUAAAUGCAGCGGUCGCCAUCUUCCAGAUCUUCGCCAGCCAAAUGCUCGGUUAUGGCAUGGCGGGAAUUCUGCGUACGCUACUGGUGUAUCCAACCUAUGCGUUCUAUCCGUCCUACAUCUCCGUGGUAUCGCUCUUGCAGAGUCUUCACUUCAAGGGUGCGCUCAACCACAAGAAGAGGAAGUACUUUUGGAUGGUGUUCGCUGCGAUCUUCUUCUGGGAAUGGAUUCCCCAAUAUCCAUUCCCGCUCCUCACUGCCAUCUCCGUCGUCUGCCUCAUCGAUAAUGGCCGCUCGCCCUUCGUCCGGAACCUCUUCGGUGCUGGAUCCAGUAAUGAGGGCCUUGGAUUACUCAGCUUCGGCACAAGCUGGACGCUCAUCACACAGGGCAGUCCGCUCGUCUGGCCUCUCAAGACACAGAUCAACUCAUACCUGGGCAUGGCCAUCGGCUAUCUCGUCCUCACGCUUGCAUAUUACAAAAAUAGCUUCAAUGCGCGCGAUCUCGUCUUCAUGUCCACCUCGCUAUUCGGUGCGGAUGGCAACACAUACAACCAAUCGGCGAUCCUGACUCCCGAGAAUUCGCUGGACAAGGCCAAGCUCGCGGAGGUUGGCCUGCCUCGGUACACCGCGACAUAUGCUGUCAGCCAGAUGUGUUACAACUUCAGCCUUGGCGCAGCGUUGGUGCAUGUACUCUUGUGGCACUGGGAUGAUUUGAAGAGCGCAUUCGUUGGACUCAAGUUCUUGAAAGGUAACCAGGAGAUUGACGAUCCGCACUACCAGCAGAUGAAGAAGUACGCCGAGGUUCCGCAGUGGUGGUAUGGCCUUCUGUUCGUUGCGUCUCUUGCCGUUGGUAUUGGAUGCAGUUACGCGACUCCGACACCCCUCAUGCCCUGGUGGAGCAUCAUUCUCUUCACCGUCAUUAGCGCUGUUAUCGCCAUCUGCUUGGGUUUCAUUGCCGCAACCACAGGCUUCCAGAUUUCUAUCACGUACGCUAUCCAAGUACUUGCGGCGUUCAUCCACCCAGGGGAACCUAUCACAGUCAUGUACGUCAAUCUGUACGGAAACAGCACUGCAUUCCAGACCCUGGCCAUGCUGCAAGAUCUCAAACUCGGCCAAUAUACAAAGCUGCCGCCAAGGGUGACAUUCGUGGCGCAGAUGGCAGGCUCCAUUGUCGGAUCCAUCUUCAAUUACACCAUGAUGAUCAUAAUCGUAAACGCCAACAGAGAGGUUUUGCUUGAUCCAGUCGGCACACGUGUGUGGAGUGGCUGGAUCGUCCAACAAUACAAUUCUGCGUCUGUGGCUAUGGGUGCGCUUGGCAAGGAACUAUUUACAAUUGGCAAGCCAUACUGGUCCGUCCCCUUCUCGAUCAUCCUCGGGCUCUUCUUCCCCAUCCCGUUCUGGCUCCUACACCGGUACACCGUGAAGGGCACGUGGCUCAACCGCGCCGCGGCGAACGUCGUUACACCUAUCGUUGCACUUUACGUCGGCUACCUGCCAUACUCUGUCAACGGCCAGUGGUGGUCGUGCGUCGUAAUCGGUCUUGCGUCCCAGUGGUGGGCGCGAUCGCGGCGCCCUGCGUGGUUCAGGAAGUACAACUACCUCACUUCCGCGGCGCUCGAUGGCGGGAGCCAGGUCAUUCAGUUCAUCCUGAGCUUCGCCGUGUUCGGUGCCAGCGGCCAGGCGGUCGACUUCCCGACGUGGUGGGGCAACCCUGCGAACCUCUCUGUCGAUCGGUGCGCGGCGACAGACUGAAGCUUCGCCGUGUUGGGUGCCAGCGGCCAGGCGGUCGACUUCCCGACGUGGUGGGGCAACCCUGCGAACCUCUCUGUCGAUCGGUGCGCGGCGACGGACUGAAUGCUCUCAUUCUG